AUGGCUCAACAGCCCCUUCCCACAUCUAUGCAGCCCACCGACAUCUAUGGAGGAGAUGAGGUUUCUGCCCUCGUUCUCGAUCCUGGAUACUGCUAUACUCGAGCUGGCUUCGCUGGUGAAGAUGUUCCUAAGUCUAUCCUCCCAUCGUUUUACGGUCACACAACCGGCGACAACCCUAAAGACCUAUUUGGCGAUGAGUGCCUCAUCCCUCGUCCCGACUACGAAGUCCGCAACUACAUGAACAAGGAUAGUGUGGUGGAGGACUGGGAUGUUGCUGCUCGAAUUUGGGAGAACAUGCUUGUUAAGCGCUUGCAACCCGAACGACAAACACCUCCCUCCAAGAACGGUCUAAACGACGACCCCAAGGCAGAAGGCCAAGAUGGAGAGGGCGAUGUGACAAUGGACGACGCCGAGGCUGCCGAAUCAGUCGAGAAGCCCUUGGGUGAGAAUCCCCUCCUAAUUACCGAAGCUCCUUGGAAUACACCCAAGGCUCGUGAGAAGGCUAUUGAGAUCAUCAUGGAGAACUGGGGUUGCCCUGCCUUCUGGCUGAGUCGCACUCCUGUAUUGGCAGCAUUCGCCGCUGGCAAGGCUACCUCACUAGUUAUUGACGUGGGCGGUGCCAACACCUCGGUCACAGCUAUUCACGAUGGUAUGGUGCUGAAGCGAUCUAUUCAGAAGUCCCCUGUUGGUGGUAUCUGGCUCUCUUCUCAGAUUCGAAAGCUCUUUGAAACAUCAGAGCCCAAAGUCGACCUGACACCCACAUUCAUGAUUGAGAACAAGACACCUGUCGACGCCCUGGCACCUCCUUCGGUCCGACUACGACACUUCCCUUUCCAGAUCAACGAUUCAUUCCGCGCAUAUGAGGAAGAGCGUGUGUUGACGGAGUUCAAGGAGUCAGUAGUAGAAGUCUGGCGAGGCCCCGGUCGUUACAGUGUUUCCGGCAAUGAGGAUUACGUUAAGACGCAACCCGGCCGGGUAUUUGAAAUGCCUGAUGGUUAUAACCAGAUGUGGCGCGAGCAGCGAUUCCGCGUGACAGAGGGCAUGUUUGAUGAGACGGCCGGAUAUCAUACCUCCGAUUCUGAACAACUUACCAAGGCGCAAACCAUCCCCGAGCUCAUCCGCUCUGCUUUGAGCGCAGUUGACGUCGAUCUUCGGGGCAACCUACUUGCCAACGUCGUCGUAACUGGCAGCACCAGUUUGAUCAACGGAUUCAAUGAUCGUCUGAACAACGAGUUGAUGGCCAUGUAUCCCGGACUCAAGAUCAAGAUUCACGCGGCAGGUCUCACAAGUGAGCGACGCUUCGGCGCCUGGAUCGGCGGUAGCAUUCUCGCUAGUUUGGGCACUUUCCACCAGAUGUGGAUUUCGCGAAAGGAGUAUGAGGAGAAUGGACCUAAUGUGGUUGAGAAGCGAUGCAAGUAA